AUGACUUCGAAUAUAGCCGAAUCUAUUAAUGGUAAACUGGUUGCUGCAAGAGAGUUACAUAUUUUUUAUUUCCUUGAAGAAGUAAGGAAGAUGUUUGGUAGAUGGAAUUGCACAAAUAGAAAAAAUGGUACCUACACAUUCACAACACUGAUGAGGCGGUAUCAAGAGAUGUUGUCGAUCAACACGUGCAAAUCAAUACGAAUGAGGGUUGAAGCAUCAACUGAAUAUGUUUACACAGUUAAUGAUGGAUCGAGGCGUUUCAUAAUCGAUUUGAGGAAGAAAACUUGCAGCUGUAGGAUGUUCCAACUGGACGAGAUACCGUGUUCUCAUGCAUGGGCAGUAUUGAAAAGUAAAAAUUUGACUGUUGAUGCAUAUUGUUCGGAAUUAUUCAAGCCAGAAACAGUUGUGAACACAUAUGAUGUGCCGGUUGAUCCUCUUCCCAAUGAGACCGAGUGGAAUGUUCCUAAAAGCAUAGCAGUUGAAGUUGUUAUGCCACCGUUAUAUAAGAGACCCCCUGGGAGGCCAAAAAAGAAGAGGGAUAAGCCAUUACAGGAGUUGAUGAUUGGUAAACGCAGGAAUGCUUGCGGUAAAUGUGGACGUCUUGGUCAUAACAGGCAUUCGUGUGAUAAUCCGCCGCUCAAUAAGAAGAAUAAAUAA